GGGAGGCGAAGAGGCUCCAUCCUUUCAGCCCAUCUCAGAUCCGUCUUUCUCCAGCGUCGCGUCCAGAAGCUCCGCGCUGCGUCCGGCCCUUUCUCUCUGUCUGUCCCGGUCGCUCGUCUGUGUCCGUGCCCCAGGGACAGCGGGACCCUCCGUCUGCGCAGGCCUCCGGGCUGCAGGUGCCUGACCUUCGUCGCUCUUUCCCGCCUUCCUCCUCUUCCUCGCGGCGGUGGUGUCGCUCGGCCGGAUCGCUCCCUGUGACCGGCGUUUCCAGUCCUCCUCGGCCCGCCCGUCUGGGGCUUGUAUUUUCGUAGAGUAAUGCAGAACCUGUGGAGCGAAAUAGCUAACCUCAGGAGAGGUCCAGGUCCCAGAACCACCAGAGCUUCGGGAAACGAUGACGAGGCAGUUGUGGACCUGGGAAAGACCAGCUCCACCAUCCACACAAACUUUGAGAAAGAAGAGCUUGAAAGUCACAGGGCGGUGUAUGUUGGCGUUCAUGUCCCUCUGGGGAAGCAGAGUAGGCGCCGACAUCGUCACCGUGGACACAAGCAUCACCGCAAGAGAAAAGAGCGAGGCUCUGACCGUGAGGAUGGGAGAGAGUCGCCCACAUACGACACCCCCUCCCAGAGGGUCCAGUUUAUCUUGGGGACAGAGGACGAUGACGAGGAGCACAUUCCCCACGACCUUUUCACCGAGAUGGACGAGCUGUCCUUCCGUGACGGACACACUUACGAGUGGAAGGAGACGGCCAGGUGGCUGAAGUUCGAGGAGGACGUGGAGGACGGGGGGGAGCGCUGGAGUAAGCCCUACGUGGCCACGCUGUCCCUGCACAGCCUGUUCGAGCUCCGCAGCUGCAUCCUCAACGGCACUGUCAUGCUGGACAUGAGAGCCAACACCAUCGAGGAGAUCGCAGACAUGAUCAUCGACAGCAUGGUGGCCUCGGAGCAGCUGGACGGCAGCCUGAGGCUGAAGGUGCGGGAGGCCAUGCUGAAGCGGCACCACCACCAGAACGAGAAGAAGCUGAGCAACCGCAUCCCGCUGGUGCGCUCUUUCGCAGACAUAGGGGAGGGUCUGUCCGCCUCCCGAAACUCCCUCCUGCGCCGCGCCUCCUCUGUCUCCAACCUCAGCCUGGGCAAUCGCCGAGUGUCUGACAUCGUCACCAACCUCCUCCUACACCACUCCGCCUCUGCCACCCCCCAAAACACGCCCCCGUUGCCCCGCCGGCGCUCGGCCCCGCCCGCGCCCCCGGUUCAGCACGUCCUGGAGCUGCAGACCUCCCGCACCGAGUGGGAGGGCAUCCCGGAAGUGGUGGUUGUCCCGCCCGAGGAGGACGAGCGGCCGGCCCUGUCCUCUUCCCCGGGAAAAGAGGCGCGGCCUCUAGCGCCGGCCCCCGAGCGCUCGCUGCUGCUGCAGCUGCCACAAGAAGGGCUCCUGGCGUCCCCGCAGUCGGCCCCGGGGAACCUGGAGAACAGCAAGCCCAGCGAGAGCCGCAUCAACAACGGCAGCCGGGAGAACAGCACCGUGGAUUUCAGCAGGGUGGACAUGAACUUCAUGAAGAAGAUCCCUCCAGGCGCCGAGGCCUCCAACGUGCUGGUGGGCGAGGUGGACUUCCUGGAGAGGCCCAUCAUCGCCUUCAUCAGGCUGUCCCCCGCCGUGCUGCUGACGGGCCUGACGGAGGUCCCCGUGCCCACCAGGUUUUUGUUCCUGCUGUUGGGUCCCUAUGGCAAAGGGCCGCAGUACCACGAGAUCGGGAGGUCCAUGGCGACGCUGAUGACAGAUGAGGUUUUCCAUGAUGUCGCUUACAAAGCCAAAGACAGGACCGACCUCUUGUCUGGUAUAGAUGAGUUUUUAGACCAGGUGACGGUGUUGCCCCCUGGAGAAUGGGACCCCAAGAUCCGAAUCGAGCCCCCAAAGAAUGUCCCAUCUCAGGAAAAGCGUAAGAUGCCACUCCAGCCCAACGGCUCAGCGUCAGCUUCGGAAAUGGUGAAGGAGGAGGAGCACCAAGCAGGGCCGGAGCUCCAGAGGACUGGAAGGUUCUGUGGAGGCCUGGUGCAGGAUGUGCGGCGUAAGAUUCCGUUCUACUUGAGCGACAUCCGGGACGCCCUCAGCCUGCAGUGCCUGGCCUCCAUCCUCUUCCUCUACUGCGCCUGCAUGUCCCCCGUCAUCACUUUCGGGGGCCUGCUGGGGGAGGCCACUAAGGGCAACAUCAGUGCCAUAGAGUCUCUGUUUGGGGCAUCUCUAACGGGCGUGGCCUUCUCCCUGUUUGCGGGGCAGCCCCUCACCAUCCUAGGCAGCACGGGGCCUGUCUUAGUCUUCGAGAAGAUCCUCUUCAAGUUCUGCAAGGACUACGGCCUGUCCUACCUAUCUCUGCGCACCAGCAUCGGGCUGUGGACGGCCUUCCUGUGCCUGGUGCUGGUUGCCACGGACGCCAGCUCCCUGGUCUGCUAUAUCACCCGCUUCACUGAGGAAGCCUUCGCCGCCCUCAUCUGCAUCAUCUUCAUCUACGAGGCCCUGGAGAAGCUCUUUCAGCUGAGUGAGAUGUUCCCAGUCAACAUGCACAUCGAGCUGGACAACCUCACCUUUUACACGUGUCAGUGCUCACCACCAGCCAAUGUAACCACAGAAACCGUGCAGCUCUUGAACCAAACAGGCUUCACACCAGACUCCAUAUCCUGGAGUGACCUCAAUGUGUCCAUGUGCAACAGGUUAAAGGGGCAGUUUGUGGGCUCGGCCUGUGCGCAUGAAGGCCCCUACAUCCCUGAUGUGCUCUUCUGGUCUGUUAUGCUCUUCUUCACCACCUUCUUCCUCUCCUCCUUCCUCAAGCAGUUUAAGACCAAGCGCUACUUCCCCACCAAGGUGCGGUCGUGUAUCAGUGACUUUGCUGUGUUUCUGACCAUAUUGGUCAUGGUCCUUGUCGACUACCUUGUGGGCAUACCCUCUCCGAAACUGCAUGUCCCUGACCGCUUUGAGCCCACCUCUAAGCACCGCGGCUGGUUCAUCUCGCCGCUGGGAGAUAACCCCUGGUGGACGCUGCUGGCGGCGGCCAUCCCGGCUCUGCUCUGCACCAUCCUCAUCUUCAUGGACCAGCAGAUCACCGCAGUCAUCAUCAACCGCAAGGAGCACAGGCUCAAGAAAGGCUGUGGGUACCACCUGGACCUGCUGGUGGUGUCUCUGAUGCUGGGCGUGUGCUCGCUGAUGGGGCUGCCCUGGUUCGUGGCCGCCACCGUGCUGUCAAUCACGCACGUCAACAGCCUGAAGCUGGAGUCGGCCUGCUCCGCCCCCGGGGAGCAGCCCAAGUUCCUGGGCAUCCGGGAGCAGCGGGUGACCGGCUUCAUGAUCUUCGUCCUCAUGGGCCUGUCCGUCUUCAUGACCUCAGUGCUGAAGUUCAUCCCCAUGCCAGUGCUCUACGGGGUCUUUCUCUACAUGGGCGUCUCCUCACUUAAAGGCAUUCAGUUCUUUGACCGGAUCAAGCUGUUCGGCAUGCCGGCCAAGCACCAGCCGGACCUGAUCUACCUGCGCUACGUGCCCCUGUGGAAGGUGCACGUCUUCACCAUCGUGCAGGUCACCUGCCUGGUGCUGCUGUGGGUCAUCAAGGCCUCCGCCGCCGCCGUCAUCUUCCCCAUGAUGGUGCUGGCCCUGGUGUUUGUGAGGAAGCUGAUGGACUUGUGCUUCACUAACCGGGAGCUCAGCUGGCUGGAUGACCUGAUGCCCGAGAGCAAGAAGAAGAAAGAGGAUGACCAGAAAAAGAUGCAAAAGCAGACGGCGGCGGAUCACAUGCUGGAGACAGACAGCGAGGCCUUGCCGUACGAGGGCAGCAACGUGCUGAACAUCCCCGUGAAGACGCUCAAAGUGAGCACUGACCCCUCUGUCGUAAACAUUUCUGACGAAAUGGCCAAAUCCGGCGUGUGGAAAUCUGUCACCAUGAACGCUGACAGCGCCAAAACGUUGAAACAUAGCCCAAGCCAGGAGAAGAUUCCCUGCGUGAAGAUCAGCGUUGAGGAUGAGCAGGGGCAGAAGUUUGUGGAUGCAGAGACAUCUUUGUGAAAGCAGGGGACACACACACUCACACACACACACACACACACACACACACACACACACACAAACAGGGCUGCUUUUACGGCCUGCGUCCGAGGGCGGGCAGAGAAGGCCGAGGCCCUCCUACACUUUCACACCGCAGCUGUCUUCUGCGUGUAGCACAGCGACAUGCUAAUGCCAGUGAUGCCAAAGGGGUGGGGCCAGGGGGAGGGGCCACUGUUUCUUUCUCUUUUUUUUUUUUUUUAGAUUUAUGCUUGAAUGAUUAUUUUCACUCUUACUCAAGUCAAAUCUUUUUUAUCCUUUUAAGAUAAUAUUUUUUAGUUUUCAGAUGUGUAACAUCAAAUCAGUGAGUUUUGUAUCCAGUCUCAGCAUGAUUCCCAUUUAAAACGAAUUCUGUUGGUCUUGAAACAACGCAGACUGCCUUUUAAAACACAGAAUGUUAUGACCUCAAAAAAAAACAGCACAACAGUGCUCUAAGCCACCAGAAAUGCGUUCUGACAUGCAAGGGUACAAAAAAACAGGCACAAUGCAUUGUUUACACUCAUCAGAAAAAUAGCAAUCAAUCUGAAGUAUUUUUUGCAUUCUUUUUUUAAAAUUCUGUUUGUUUUAACAAAGCUGUCAAUGCUGAACAGGAGGUCCAAACAUUUUCAGCUGAAUUUUUCGUACGUGUACAAGAAGAAAAACAAAAAAAACACCAGCUGGCCAAUUCUCAGCCAAUUUUGUAUAUUGUGACUGUACAGCUGCUGUCCUGCUGUAUAUAAAAGACUCAAAUUGUUUAAUGCUAGAGAGGUCAUUCGCUGACCUGUAGUAACGUUUACUGUGUGUUGCUCAUGGGGGGUACUUGUGCAUCUGAUAGUAUGGCAGAGGAAGCAGGCCUCGUCAUUCUCAUCACCUUUGUUAAGUUACAAACUAUACAGAAUGCAUAACGAACAUUACUGAUGCACAGAAGGAAAAUGAAUCUAAACUUUAAGAAGACAUCUUCAUACAGUAAAAUUUGGGUUGUUCGCAUUUCUCUAAGAGGCCAGCAGAUGGAGCUCUGUUUCUCUCGUCUCCAAUUGACUUAUGGUUAUUUUCCCCUUUCCGGUCCUGCCCCUGAUUGCAGCUUGUUGACAUGUUUAUGUACAGAUGAAUAUGGUAGCCCAUUCAGUGCGUCUCGGUGAAUACUGCUGUUCACCAGAAAUGAACGUUAAGUAUAUUUAAGCAGCUUUGCAGAUCCUUAUUCUGCAAACUGUAGCCAUAGUUAGUGUGCAGUUCAUUCAUGACAGGGCCAGCAGAGAGCAAACAGUGUUAACCUAUGCUGUUGUGGAGACAGAAACCGAAAACUUUAUUUGUUCAAACGGUUUACAUCCAAUGUAAUAUUUACUGUAAUGGGAUAUAUAUAUUUUAGAAUGUAUGUAUUGAUUUUCGUAUCAUUAAUGUUAUUAUUACUACUAUAUUAUGUGAAGCAUUUUAAUUUAUUUUUAACGGUCGAGUUUGAGGUGUUGAAGCAGUCGCGCGGUCGUGGAGGUUUGUGGCAGCGGCGUCGUCUGUAAUUAUUCUGAUUUGAGUACAUUUCUCGUUGUUCGUAUCUGCACUUUAGGUAUGUUUGCCGUCACAUCAGUGGGAUAGACAAUGUGUAGCUUAUUUAAACGUGUCUACUUAGAGCCAUCUCAGGAAUCUACACAUUACACAGCAGUUUGGCUUUUUCACCCGGUCUCUUCUAACCCUCUUCCUCUUACCAGCGUACCUGUCCGUCUGUUAGCUUUGAAGUUCACCCGUUUUACACUGGAGAUUGUGACUGCGGUCGGUUUCCUCUCUCUUGUUUCUUUCUUUUUUUGUUGUUGUUGUUUUGAUAAAACUUGUAAAGGAUGCUUUUUUUCCCCAAACAAUCAAAAUGCCUACAAAACAGCAGUCCCUCUUUGUUUGGGAGGAAAGUACUGUAGUGUGUAUUUAUCAUUGUGACCUCAAACUUCAUUUUAUUUCAGUUCUUUAAAUACAUACUGUCGAUUGGGGGCUUUUCAGACUGGGAUCUUAUAUUUUUUAUGUUACGUUUUUAAUUUUUGAAAAUGUCUAAUAUCCCAUUAAGUAUUUAUUUUUUUUGUCCACACCUAGAUAGAAACUAUCCAUAUUUUAAAACUCAUCACACCCCUCCCCUCAAAUUUUGAGCAAUAAUUCCUAUAAGAAUCAGAAGAAGAUGCUGCUUGUGAUCGGAUGAAUGAAGAAAGGCGGGUUCUUAAAAGCUAAAUAUUCACCUUGUCCAAUGAGAGGGCAGUACACAUGGACUGGAAGCCCAGUCUGGAAUGUCAGCCCCAGAUUGCGGGUCGUAUUAAAGAGGAAGUACGCGGGACGGCACGAUCUCGUCCAUUUCCAAACGCCGACUGAAAAAUGCAGCACACUGAGCAGCAGUGGACUGGAGUGGACCGGUGAGGCCAGGUCAGUGGGGCCAGGAAGAGCAGCCUGGGGGGACGCUGGACCUGAGAGCUGUGUCUACACCCAGAGCUUUGGACCCGCACGGCUUAACACAACCAAUAGGGCGGCAUUAAUGCGUGCGUAGAAGAACUCAAAGCUCAUGCCCUUGAAUCGGUCCUGUCUCUGGUCACAGGUGCCUCUGCACACCACAGGGUGCGCACAGGAAGCCAGGUCACGUGCCUUUUGAACACCCUUUACGGCUGUUGUGUGCAGCUGAGAGUGGCACUGAAAGGUUGGUGAAAGCGAGGUGGAUUUCUGGUUGCCACGUUCCCUGCCUUAGAAACCGCGCAGGACCGUGCGGUCAGCACAUCUAAUCACGUUUAAAGGGCGUCGGCCCACCCCAAAGCUGCAGUACACUAAACCCACACGUGGACAUGUAAAGGAUGCAGCGUUCUCACGCUGCGUCCACAGUUGAAAUGUAACGUACUGUGAUCUCACGAUGUAAGAAUGCAUUUCCGAGUACAGAAUAGGAUGUGUUCUACAGUUGUAAUGAUGAUAUGCAGAUGGGAAUCAAAAUUGCUUAAAUUAGUCCCCUGAAAGUAAGCUUCCCAUUAAAAUAAUUGUAUUGGUUCUGUGAUGCGUACUGAGUAUAAAAUCCUGUGUCGUGCGUAGUUCUCCCUCUUAUUAAUUCAAACAUCUAAGAAAUAUGUACAAAAACCCCCAAAUAUGAUUUUUGAGAAAUAAUUCAUCUUUUUGCCUUUCCCCGCUUUAAUUUAGUUUCACUAGAUUUGUGCCAAAUGUGGCUAUUUGAUUGGGCAAUUGAAAGGGGCUAAAAAAAUAAAAUAUAUAAAAAUAACUUUGAGUCAUUACUGUUCUAUGUGCGAGUGUUGGUAGUGUCUUCCUCAAGGUACCACAACUGAUCACAGAACAAAUAGUGCUGUAGUAUUAAACUGUAUCCAUCAAUGGAAGUCUGUAUGUAAAGUGCUGUGGGUUUCACAUUUUUAUAACAUAAAGGCUGGAUGUUGUUUUAGUACUUGGUUUAGACACACCUCACAACCGUUUGAUCUGGUGUUGGUCAAGUUCUCAUGAAUGUGAAGCGAAUUAAAAUCCUGCCUUUGUUGAUUGUUCAGUAAAUAUUUACAGCCGAGGGGGGGGGGAAUGAAACAAAACAAAAAUAUUUUUUGUAAUGUAAAUGAAUUGUUGAAGCAAUAAAGUUAUUACAUGACUGUU